AUGCCAGGUAUUGCAAACAAGGAGCUCCUGCUGCGUCUCCUCGAAGACGUGCAUGAGGUUUACGAUGUGUUGUUGUCCUGUGUCGAGACCUACGAAUGGGUUCAGCCUGGGGCAACAGGCCUCUUGCGGCUGUGGAUGCUUCAGGUUCUUUUUGCCAUCUUUGGCGACACCUUGACAGGCCUCAUGCUCAUGGAGCUGACGGACAAUGACGUCGCAGGUGCCGUCAGCCUCAUCUCCUUCAUAGUCCGCUGUGACCAGGCACCCUUCGAGAUGCAAUCAGCAGCAGGGCAGUGCCUGGUCCAGCUGACCACAGCCGACUCCGUGUUCCUGUCCAAGACUGAUGCAGGCGGUGAGGAUUGGCAGAAUGAGCAAAUUGCCAAGCUCACGAGCAUGCUGAAUCGUCAUGUGAAUGGCUUGAUUCAGGGCAUCAUUCAGUUCGACAUCGUAGAAGCCUUUGGCCGAUGUAUCUGCCAGCAUCAAAUGAGUCAUGCUUGGACGGAUAUCAUUGUGAAGUACUUCCUUACGACGAUCCACAACUGCCUCCUGUACUGCUCUGCGAAUCAGAAGAAGCUCAGGCAGCAUCUUGCAACGCAGAGUACCAUUGUCCAGGACAUCAUGAUUCCGUACGUUUACAACAUUCUUCCGGCCUUGUUCGACAAUCCUGCUUGUGGCCCGGCGCUGAUCGAGUGGCAGAACCUCAAGGCUACAUUGCAGACGUUUGUCGUUGUCACCUUCAACAUCAAUGUCUUCCGACCACAUUUGCGGGACUCAGACAUGAUCCCCAAAAUCUGCGAGGUGCCUCGCAUCCUUACUCAUAUUUCCAUGCUGGAGCUGCUGGUUAAAAUGGCCAUCAAUGUGGACUUCCCCAAGGGUCCGUAUUGCGAGAAGCUCACGCAGACUUUCCAGGCGGCCUUCGAGCAACUCCCCGAAGAGAGCCAGGCCCGCCUUCAGCGGCGGAUGACAGCCGAGCAGAGCAUGCGCCUGCCCUUCUCGAGAUCUUCCGUGAAGGCAGUUGAGCUGCUCUCUUUCGCAUUUGGUGCGCCAGAGGCUUCGCCUGAAGCAGCAGCCGCCAACCACUCGACCAAACAAAAGAAGUGGCGGAACGCCAAGAACAAGGCCAGAAGGAGAAAGAAGCUCUUCUCCAUGCAGGCCUCGAACAAAAAUGGCGAAGAGCCUGAAGCCGACGAUGAACAGGGCGAGGAGUCUGAUGAUGACAUGCCUCCGCUUAUUCCUGGCGAUGAAUGGGAAGCGCACCUUGGCACAGCCGAUGAGGCUGGUGUACCGCAGAAGGCAGUCUGCCAGCUGAGUGGUGCCCUGAUGCACGACCCUGUCAGUACACCAGAUGGGUAUCUCUUUGAGAGGGCGGCCCUUGAGGACUGGACCAGCCAGCAUGGAUCGAAUCCUCUCACUGGUGCUCCGCUGGCCAUGGAUGAGGUAGUGGAGAGGGAAGACAUUGCAAACAUCAUUCAGGGGUACCAGCUGCAGAUGCUGUCCGUCUCGCAAGUGGCUCCCGAAGCCAUUGACGGCUCUGUGCCAGAGGUGCGGGCUGCUGCGGACCCAGAUGUCCCAGCGCCGCCUCCCACGAAGCCAGUGGAGACAGGGCCUUCCUUAUUGGGAGACUUGCCCUCACUUUCCAAGAACGACGAGUCUCAAAACAAAAGAAAGGAGAAGCAAAAGAUUCGAAUAGAAUCCCGAUCAGUGGUUGAUUGCCCUGAGGACAUGCGAUGCGCCAUUGACGGAAAAGUCAUGGUGAAUCCGGUCCUGUCACGCUACGGGCAUCAUUUCGAGAAAAAGACGUUGGAAAAAUGGUUUGGAAACUGCGGAUCAGUGUGUCCGAUAACGCAGAAGCCACUCCGGAUGGAGGAGUGUCAACCAGACCAGGAGAUGAAGAAAAGGAUCGUCAAGUUCCUCAAGGGCUCUACUGUCUGA